UGAGAAAUGGUUCGCUCUAGUAGGCAGUGCUCAGAGAAAUUGUGAGCACUUGCGCCCUGAGGAAUGUGUCCAUUUAAUCCAGCCGGUAGUUUGAGCCGAGCGCCAUGGCAGGAUGCCCGUCGCACCUGAUUCAAUUUCGCUUACCGUGUGCGCCACACAAAAGACGGCGCAAAACCAUACGGCGCCUCAAAGUACUCGAGAAAAAUCAGACAAAAAUUUGCCGUUUUUUCACCAGAAUUGGGAACCAUAGUUUUACUGACUUUCACCGACUUCCUGGAACCGUGGAAGUAAAGAGUUGUCCUGCAGACACACAGCGGUCCCAGGAAGAGAACAAAUUAUCCUACCGAAGGCACUCUCAAUGGAUGAGAACAUGGAUGGAUACUCGUCUUCACCAAGAUCCAAAACACAAACGUUCCCUGGAUUUGACGACUAACCGUUCCAGUGUCUCAAAAAGGCGCCUUACCUUCGCGGAACUGGAGCCGCAUGCUGAAGACGUAGGAAAAGAAAAUGCCAUCGUUGGACUCUUUACGAGGCAUCGGAGACCCCAAGAACCUGGUGGAUUUCCUCCGAACAUGCAGCGACAAAAAUUAUGUGAAAUACCGCGCCCACAAACGGAAUGGAACAAGCAGAGUAAUGUGCCAACAAGUACUUCAGGCUCCCAAAAAGUGGAUGCGCAGUGCUCCUGUACAGUCGAAAAGGUCAUCCAACUGGAUCUGCUCAGUUUGUCCGAUGACAAACGCGUGGCACAGGCGCGGUCCGCUUGGUCCCGCAAACACGCCAAAAGUAUCCCAUCCACACUAGAAGUUGUCCCAGUCCAGACAAGGGAACAUGCUUUGCGCGUGUGCGAGAACACUCGCCUACUGGGUACUAUGUUCCAUUACCCAGUGUCCGCUACGCUUGUGCAGGACUCCGAGCGCAGUACACCCACUCACCGGGGGUCUGAGGGUUCGCGCUUGAAUAGCCAUAUACGCACCCGAAAUACGCUCAGCUUUUGGCUCCCAAGGUCUCCUGUGGAUGACGUUCGACUGGAUGAAUUCCAUCAGAAUCACGAAAGGGUGAGUCUACACUUUUUUGUCCUACCGCAAAGCACCAUCGUCUCUUUAUCGCUUUGA